AUGCCCGAGAUUGCCGGGAAGGAGGUCGGCCCCAUAGGCUUUGGCCUUAUGGGAUUAACCUGGAGAGCGACACCACCGUCUCAAGAGCAGGCGUUUGAUGCCAUGCAUACUGCAAUUCAGAAGGGAUGUACCUGUUGGAACGGUGGUGAAAACUACGGCCCACUUGAAUACAAUAGUCUCGUUCUACUAGAGCAAUAUCUCGAGAGAUACCCCGAAGAUGCCGACAAAAUUGUCCUGAACAUCAAGGGUGGCGUGAACCCCGAGACCCACCAGAUAGAUGCAUCGCCGGAGAAUACACGCCGCAGUCUAGACAACUGCAUAGCACAGCUGAAAAGUCGCAAGAAGAUCGAUAUGUUCGAAUUUGCUCGUCGAGACCCGGCCGUGCCUAUGCAUGAGACGUUUGCUCUUAUUGAGAAGGAGUAUGUGCAGACCGGCAAGAUCGAGGGUAUUGCCUUGUCGGAGGUGCGGGCUGAGACUAUUCAUGAAGCUGUCAAGUAUACUAAGGUGCUUGCUGUGGAGGCUGAGCUUUCUUUGUUCACUACUGAUAUUCUGGAAAACGGCGUCGCAGCGGCCUGCGCCCAGUACGGUAUCCCGAUCAUUGCCUACUCGCCUAUUGGCAGAGGCAUGUUAACUGGUCAGUUCAAGAAGUUUGAUGACCUUCCACAGGACUCGCUGUUGCGCUCUUUCGACUUUCCGCGAUUUCAGCGGGAGAAUUUCGAGAAGAAUAUGCAGCUGGUACAGAAAGUAGAAGAUAUCGCUAAGAGGAAGAAUUGCACCCCUGCGCAGCUUGCCAUCAACUGGACGAGAGCACUCUCCAGGCGCCCGGGUGUACCAACCAUUAUUCCCAUUCCGGGUGCCACAACUGCGGAGCGGGUAGAGGAGAAUAGCACGCAAAUUGAUAUCACGGAUGAAGAGAUGCUGGAGAUUGAUGAGAUAUUGGCCAAGUUCACCCCAGCUGGUGAACGAUACCCCGGGGCCAUUCCGGUCAAUACAUAG